AACCCAGAGCUAGAAGUUUGGUAGAUACUUUGUCUGGAAUUGAACUAAGCGCCGUGACAGCCAGAGAGAUUUCACAUCUGUUGCGACGUUGUUCUGAUUGCCUGUGAAAGGAUUUAACCUGGAAACAUGCUCGUCAGGGGUGCUUGCUUGAUUUGUUUAGGACUGGUGAUUUUAUGGACAACAGGUGUCGAUGCAGACAGCUACACAGAAAUCCAAUGUUCCUUCGAGCCGCCGAGGUUGUGCGGAUGGACGAGCAAUAAAGGCCCGGGAGUAACGGCUAGCUGGGCACGGGUGAAUUUCAUAACCACGGUGAUUGGUGGCAUCAUCGACCCGUCCAUCCCCGGCCUGGGGUAUGGCCCCUUCGCUGAUCACUCGGGAGAUUCCUACUACGCCGCAGCAACUGGGAAAAACGGCCAGGAAGCGCAUCUCCUCACGCCAAUGAUAGAGGGCAGCAAAGACGCUCCCGUCACCGUUGUAUCCUUCUGGUAUCACGUGGGUUCGACCACAGCCAACCUGGCAGUCAGCAUAGUCCACGAGGACCAGACUAAACCGAGGAGGACCGUGUGGAGUCUCCCUAGUGGAGGCAUGGCACUAGGCAGGGGUGACCCGUGGCUAUUUGCUAGAACGACCAUCAAUUACCCCGCUAAGUUUCAGAUUGCUUUUGAGGCCGAAAUGAAACGCAACGAAAGCGAGUACGUAGGAUUGGAUGACGUCCUCCUCCAAACGGGCUCGUUUAUCUCGAAGUGCGACUUCGAAGGCGGGGUCUUCGGCGACUUGUGUCAAUUCUACCAAGCGGGCGUGGCCGAAACCUCUGUCGACGAUUUUGAUUGGAUGAUGCAGAGCGGUGAAACGCCCUCUCUCGACACCGGCCCGCUCUUUGAUCACACUUUGGGAGAAGGCGCGAAUGGACAUUACCUGUUUAUUGAAGCUACUCGACCCGAGGAGAUGAAGACGGCAGUCCUGUACAGCAUGGAGUACUACAAACCCCCCGGUGAAUCUUGUACCUUGGAGUUCUAUUAUCACGCCUUCGGGAGCGACCUGGGGGCUUUGAACGUCCAGGUCGCCGGCCAGGAUUACACGGUGGCGCUUACCAGUGAAGACAUGUGGAAGAAGCACGAGAUUGACUUGACGAGCGUAGCCGGGACAUUCAGGGUUGCAUUCCAGGGAGUAAGAGGCGAAGGGAACCUCGGGGACAUCUCCAUUGAUGACAUCAGCUUCGUUGGAGAUAAUUGUACAGGGUAUGAUGUAUGCGCGAGCUCUCCUUGUCACGGUUACAACGAGGCAAAGUGUAUUCCCGCCGCUGAUAGUUUCACUUGCCAAUGCCAGGGAAGAGAUGUCCCGCCACUUUGCACGGAAGGAGAAUAUGCCGAAAAGAACACCACGGAGGAAAUACAGUGCACUUUCCUGCCCCUCUCUCUAUGCAACUGGGAAAGCGAGUUGGUGGAGAGGGAACUCAACAUGACAUUUGCGAGACAAAGGGCGCCACCAUUACUAAUCUUGAUCGGCCCUGAGUUCGAUCAUACGGACGAUUCCUAUUACGCCAUAGCCACGGGGCAAGGUGGCGAGAUAGGGAGGCUUUUGACGCCGAUGAUUUCCGGGAGCAGAGAUGCCCCUCACACGGUGCUGACGUUCUGGUACCACAUCAACGUGGCCUCAUCCAACCUGACGGUGAAAGUUGUCCACAAGAAUCCCUCCAAAGCAAUGGAGACAGUGUGGGCCAUUCCUGCGCAGGGCAUCGCAAUGCCAAAGAAUGACCCCUGGCUUAUGGCUAGAAUUAAUCUAAACUAUCCUGCCGAAUUCCAGGUUGCUUUCCAGGCAGAAAUACAUCACCCAAGCAGAGCGUAUGUUGCUUUAGAUGACGUUCUGCUUCAAACGGGAAAGCUGCCACAAUACUGCGAUUUUGAGGGCAGUUUCUAUGGCGACCUGUGCUUCUUCGACCAGGUAUCUGACGUUACCCUCGACCAAUUUGAUUGGACAAGGCUGAGCGGUCAAACACCAACUUCUGGAACUGGCCCAAGUUUUGACCACACCUUGGGAGAAAAUAAACUAGGCCGCUACAUGUACAUAGAAUCAUCCGACCAAUCAGCGGGCGACAAAGCAAUCCUAGACAGUCUGGAGUUUUACAAGAUGGAAGGAGCAGCGUGCAAGCUGGAGUUUUACUACCACUCACUGGGUGCUAACCUGGGCCAGUUGAACGUGGCUGUCGGCGGCAUGGAGUACCCUGUGGAGUUAACAAGCGAAGAUCUGUGGAAGAAACACGAAAUCGAUCUGAAGACUGUAGCAGGGAUAUAUAAAAUCACCGUUGAGGGCGUGGACGGGAAUGGCCCACGCGGCGACAUUGCGAUUGAUGACGUCGGCCUGGUUGGAGAUGGCUGCAUGGAGGCCGAUAUGUGUGCUAGCUCCCCCUGUCUCAACGGAGGUACAUGUACCCCAGUGGAUACAAGUUACACCUGCAGUUGUCUGCAGGGGUAUCCUGGAUCGAACUGCGAACCACCUUUUGUCAGGAAACCGAUGGAACCCCUAACGAUCCUAGCUAUCUGCGCGGGCUGCGUGAGCGCCGUCGUCAUCAUCCUGGUCGUGUCAUAUUUGAUAUGGGACAAUUGCCGUGGCAACAAAGCCAGCAAGGAGUACGAGGUUGACGACUUGCCGAACGACGUCACACAGCUGGCCAUGUCGAACGACGGGCUCGAGGCUGAGGAGUGUAGAAAUGAGAAACAUAGGGAACUGUAGGGUCUCAUCAUGAAGGGUUAUGUAAAGGGUUUAUGACCGAUAACAAUGUAUAUCAAAUUCAAGGAUGGAUGUUGCAAGACAAAAUGCUGAUGAGCAAGAAUUUCACUGUUCUUUGGACAAAGAAACUCUCCCACAGUGCGCUGCAUUCAACAUAAAACUACAAAGUUGGGUUAAACACUGUUGUGUAAUACACUGUUGGGCAAUGUUUUUUUUACCCAACAUUGGUUUGAAGUUACCUCAUUGUUGGUAAAUUCAGGUGAAAAUGGACCAACAUUUUUUUGGGGGGGGGGGGAAUUUGCCCAAGAGUGUAGGCAGUUGGUAUGUUGACCAACAUUGGGCAAAAUAUUUAUCCAUUUGCCCAACGUUUUAAUUCCUUUUAAUUUCAAGUCAUUCAGUUAGUAGUAAACAGAGCAUAUGCAUUCGCUUAAAGUCACGCCCUUUUAUAGUCUUAGUUGCUGCUGCACCUCCUUCAACCUAUCAUCACCCCCUAUAUAUUUUGAGAGGAUCCAAGCGCUAGUAGAAUAGUAAUUGGGGAUCGUCUCAACUAUAGUUGGGACUUCAACUAUAAAACUUAUGGCCGAAGCUAUAGUUGGAGCGAAGCAGGUCUAAAUAUGGGGGUGUUUUGCGUUCGUUUUGCAAAUUAGAUGUCCCACAAAAUUUGAAAGGUUAUUCUUUUGUAUGAAAUUUCUACCUCGUAGUUAUGAUAUUUUCUUGUAUAGUUUUUCUGUCCAGAAGACUAUUUGUCUAUCUUUUUCUUCUUCAAUGAUUCUGUUCGAUUCGCAGAAUCACAGCAAAAUCAAUGUUCAUGAACGUAAUUUAUUCAAAUAUUUAUAUUGUUCUUAUUCUCAUUCCUGACAUUGAUCGAAAUGAUGAGUUAACAUGAUUUUUGUAUCAGACAAACACCUCAAAAUCAAGACGUUCUGGUUUGCAGAUUAAAAGCCAUCAAGGUUAUUUAUUUAGGAAAGUUUCACAUUAGUGUGUAUACCUUAAGCUGCCACAAGACUGCGAUUUCAAGUAGUAGCAUAAAAAUAAGUGCAAAAGUCAUAACUAAACAAUACACAAAGGUUUUAGUAGGUCAUGAUGAUUCUGUUAUGGAAUUGUUCGCAUUUUUCAUGUUUCACAUUUUUCAUUAAAUUGAUUUUUUUAACCGGUACUCACUCCGUAAAGACAUGCUCUAAGACAAGCAGAGCAUAUUUAUAAUUGUUACUUCCACGAAUGAACUUCUACAUAACCUAUAGGCCUAUAUAGAAUAAAUUGAUGAUUGACAUGCAGAGAGAGAAUAAAAUCCUUUGUAAUACGUAUACUAUUGUAUAAUA